CUGCUCUGAUUUGGUUGGGAAUUACUUUUUCCCCGAGUCAAGUCUGGUUUCCCCAUGCUGGUAGCGGCAGAGUGACCUCUCCCUGUCCUUAUCUUCAGCCGGGAGCCUUUCGAUUUUAGCGCAGCUCCCCCCAACCCCCCUGAGCUGCCUGGGUUGUGACAGUGACUGCAGAGAUGGACUGAUAAGAAGCAGCUUCGCAGCCAACUGCUGCUGACAUUUCUGCACUUGUAAAACGGCUUGAAAGAGGAACCUGGAAAACUAUUUCUUUGUAAGUUGCUGGUAAGAAGGACUGUGGAAGCUUUCCCACAUUUUCAUUCCAGAACAACUUCCCAAGGCACUUUGCUGACCCUGGGCUGCUGAAGGGAUGCAGUGAGCUUCAGGAGGGGCCUCCAGGGAGGGGAGCUGGAUGCUGAGAUGUCUGCGGGUGAUUUGCUGCCCGAGUGCUGAGGACAUGAAACAGCUCGGAGGUUUGGAUGUUGGAGAACCCCUGGAAGAGGCGAGCAGCAGCAGCUGGGGAUCCCACACGUGGCCAUCGAUGCGAGAUGCGAGGCGUUUCAUGGCAGAGCUGCAGCAGCCCACGAUGCCAAACAGCAGCCUGGCCCUGAGCAGCCUGGAUGGGAUUUACAUCGGCACCGAGUGCCUGGUGGCUUUGUUUGCCACGCUGGGCAACGUCCUGGUGAUGUGGGUGGUGAGGCUGAAGGCGGCGUUCCAGAACACCACGCUCUAUUUCAUCGCGUCCCUGGCGCUGGCCGACACGGCCGUGGGGCUCCUGGUGAUGCCCCUGGCCAUCGUGGUGAGCCUGGGCAUCAGCGUGCCCUCCUCCAGCUGCCUGUUCAUGUGCUGCCUGAUGGUGGUGUUCACCAACGCCUCCAUCCUGUCCCUGCUGGCCAUCGCCAUCGACAGGUACCUGCGAGUCAAGCUCCCCACCAGAUACAAAAGAAUCACUACAGAGAGGAGAGUUUGGUGGGCCCUGGGGCUGUGCUGGUUCCUGUCCCUGCUGGGAGGGCUCAUCCCCAUGUUUGGCUGGAGCAAGGCAGAUGCCAGGAGCUCCAGCUCCUCCAGGUGCCAGUUCAUCUCUGUGAUGAGGAUGGAUUACAUGGUGUAUUUCUGCUUCUUCACCUGGACCCUGGUGCCCCUGCUCAUCAUGUGUGCUCUGUACGCCGAGAUCUUCUACAUCAUCCGCACGAAGCUCAGCCAAGGGAGCGGUGGGAGAGGGGCUGGGGCUUUCUAUGGCCAGGAGUUCAAGGCAGCCAAGUCUCUUGCACUUGUUCUUUUCCUGUUUGCAAUCUCCUGGCUGCCUCUGUGCAUUAUAAACUGCAUUUCCUAUUUUUACCCCAAGUCUCACAUCCCCCCGUAUUUGGUGUACUUGGCAAUCCUCUUAUCCCAUGCCAAUUCUGCCAUGAACCCCAUUGUCUAUGCCUACAAGAUAAAGAAGUUCAAAACCACGUACCUUUUCAUUUUAAGGACCUAUAUCCUGUGCAGAAAACCAGACCCAGCUCUUACAGAGCAAACAACAGACCCACAGUCAUAAAUAAAGGCUGAACCUGCCACUGGCUACCAGACCAUGGAUAAAGCACCUGGCUUUGCUGAGAAACUCUUGGGAAACUGCAGCAACCUGUGGGUCUGAAGCUGCUCUAAAGCUGCAUGUGAAUAUGUCUUUAUGUAAUAUCAUUUCUAAACACAGAAGAUGGAAAUUUUGUCUAGUUUGGGGUUUUUUAACAUGAGGAUUGGUUGAGUUGAUUGAAAACCAGGAUGUGUUCUUUGCUGUUCAUGAUCCAGCAGCUCACAAUCUCACUUUGUCUUGUCUGUCCAUCCAAACUAAACUUGUGUCUGGUCAGCUUGUGCUUCAGCCAGUGUUGUCAC